UAUACUUGUUUUAACGAGCAGUGUAUAACAUUUACGUUUGUUUAUUUUUUUUUGUAUAACCUUGUUUAAAGAACGAGGUAAAAAAUUAGUCAAGUUCAAUGUCCACAAAUGUGAAUGUAAACCUAACAUGAAUGUCGACACAGAACUGAGAGGUGAUGAUAUUCGUGAAAUUUACGCGUGGUUGGAUGAAAUUCCACUUUCCAGACCAAAGCGCAAUGUGACGAGAGACUUUUCUGACGGAGUUUUAAUGGCUGAAAUAUUGAAGAGGUAUUAUCCAAAAAUUGUUGACAUCAAAAAUUAUAUACCCGCAAGUAAUACUAUGAAUAAAAUUGAUAAUUGGAGCACUUUGAACCGAAAAGUUUUUCCAAAAAUUAACAUGAAAUUAAGUCCAGAAUUGAUAAAAAGACUAGCUCAAUCACAACCUGGAGUUAUAGAAAGAGUUUUAUAUGAAAUCAGAACAAAAAUUAUCAAAGAUUGCAAUGCAGACAGAAAUGCCUUAUUCAAAGAUUGCGAAGAAGGUUGUAUUAUUGAGUUGGAUGCUUCAAAUCCUGAAGACUCACUGAAUCAAAUGGUACCUCGUAAAGUUUUUAUAAAGCUCAAAAAGGAAUCAGAUGAAAAAACAAAUACAAUUUGUGCAUUGCAGAAAAGAAUUGAUCACUUAGAAACUAUGCUUGCAUUCAAAGAACAACAAAUUGAAGAUUUAACUGCACAAUUAGUAUCAAGCUUUGAUAAAAUGUAAUUUAUAUGCAAUU